AUGCAAAUGUUAACAUUUCUUAUGAGUUUUUGUUUUUCACUUUCAACUGCUUUUUAUUUCCAUGUAGGGGAACGGGAAGAGAAGUGCAUAAUAGAAGACAUUCCAAGUGACACCUUGAUAACAGGGACUUUCAAGAUUCAACAGUGGGACUUGGGCAGACACGAUUUCCUUGAAGCUGCUCCUGGUCUGGGAAUGUUUGUGACUGUUACAACUUACAAUGAUGAGGUAUUACUGUCAAAGUUAUAUGGUCCACAAGGAACAUUCUAUUUCACUUCACAUUCAGCUGGCGAACACAUCAUUUGCUUAGAAUCUAAUUCUACAAGGCUUGUGUCAUUUGGAGGGAGUAAGCUGCGGAUCCACUUAGAUAUUCGAGUUGGAGAACAUGACCUUGAUGCAGCCAUUGCUCAAGCAAAGGACAAAGUUAAUGAAGUUAGCUUCAAGCUUGAACAUCUAAUUGAGCAAAUGGAGCAAAUAGUCAAAGAACAAAACUAUCAAAGGGACCGUGAAGAAGAAUUUCGAAUGACCGGUGAAGAUACAAACAGCAACGUUUUAUGGUGGGCCUCUGCACAAACACUAAUCUUUAUCUCAGUUGGAAUCUUCCAAAUAAAGUACCUUAAAGAAUUCUUUAUAGCUAAGAAACUUGUUUAAAAAUAUUAAUAAAGGCAA